CUGUUGGGAUAAAGAGAAAGAGGAAUCCUGUCCUGCACCGCUAUUUUUAUCCUGCGUUUUAGCAUCAGAAGGGCAACACGGUCAAUCUUUAUGCUAAACUCCUACUACUCCUGCUGCUAACAAGCACACAUCUGACAGAUUUUUUGCUCAGACAGUCCAGUACAGAUCAACGCCACUUCGCCAUAACUCAUGAAUACUGAUUGCAUUUUUGGAGAUCUCUUGAAGAUCACCACGACUGGAGCAUCUGUUCAAACGGCUUCCCAGGACAACCUCACUGUAGCCGAUGUGGAAGCCUCACAUAAAAUGGCUGCAGUUGAUCUGGAGAGGAUGAACCAGUACAAGACCAUUAUCAUGAAAGUUGCCAGAGCUAAAAAGAUAGACCCAGCUGUGAUCGCAGGCAUCAUAUCUAGAGAGACGAGGGCUGGAUCGUGUGGAUCAGGGCUCGUUGAUGGCUGGGGAGAUCACGGCAAUGCCUUUGGACUUAUGCAGGUUGACAAACGUUACCACUGUCCAGUGGGAGCCUGGAACAGUGAGGAGCACAUCAUCCAAGCUACUGAUAUUUUAAUCACUUUCAUUAAAACAAUUCAACAAAAAUUCCCAAACUGGUCCAAGGAGGAUCACUUUAAAGGAGGAAUUGCAGCCUACAACGCUGGCCCAGGAAAUGUCUGCUCUCUUGAGGGCAUGGACAUCAAGACCACAGGGAAGGACUAUGCGAAUGAUGUAGUGGCUAGGGCCCAGUGGUUCAAACGCAAUGGAUACUGAGCACUAUAUCUCAUGAUGCACUACAUAACCCAUACAUUACUUGUUGAAUUUAUCCUUAUAAUGUAUUGAUUGGUCAUGUGGAUGAUUUGUGACUAUGCAUUUCUUCCUAAGCAUCAAUUAUAGUAAUUACUAAUAGUCUCAUAAAACGUAUUUGACAAUAAAAUAUACAGCAUGUUCAUUAAAUAACCUGUUUAUUAAUAGUAGUACAAACAGUCAGUGUAAGGAAUAGAUUGUGGUGUAAAUUGCAUCUAGAUGAAGUAGUAAAAUCAGUUUUGGUCAGUUCCUGGUUAAAGGAAAUUAAUUAACCAGCGGCUCCGUUAUGGCGUGGGGUGCAUUUAUUUUUGCUGGCAUGGUGUGUGUCCAUGUUUCUCCUUAAAUAAAGGCGUUACUGCAAAUCAUUACAAA